AUGAAUAAGUUCAUACUAAUUGCCUUGUUGACUCUGUCUACGUAGGCUUUAUUCGAAAAUUCAUACACCAUAAAGAGUGCCAACAAAAUGUAAGACUUUAGAGCAAUUUUGGAGUCAGAUUUUGUAUCUCUGGUUUACUUUUACACAGAAGAGUGCGAGAAUUGUUAAAUGGCAGCCUCAUUAGUAGAAAAGGUGGCAGAGGAUUAAGAAGGAAUAAUCAAUGUUUUUGGAGCCAAUUGCGAUCAAAUCAACAAGGAUCCAAAUUCUGUUAAUAAAUUACCAUACUGCUCUGAGGAUAUGCUAGAAUAAUUGCCUCAAAUCUCCUUUUUUGAACCUCCUCAAUUUAAAAUCAAUCCCUAUACUAAAGAACCCAUGAUAGCAACUGAACAUAGAUUUUAAGGAGAAGCAUCUCCACAAUCCUUGGGAACCUUUGGCCACAAGUUCAUACCCAACCAUGUUAUUAGAAUCAACACAUUAGAAGAAUUGAAACAAUUUGAAACUACAGAUCCAAAACUAAAUAAAGUUCUCUUAUUUACUAAGAAGAAGGAAACAUCACCUAUUUUGAAAUCUUUGAAUUUACAUUAUUUUGAAAGAGUCAAAUUUGGUGAGAUUAUUGCAUCACCAGAAACUCAAUCACUUUUGGAUUAAUUUGAUAUCAAAGAUCUUCCCUAAAUUAUUGGAUUAGAAAAUAAUGGUGAUAACACUUAUAAUCAUGAUAUAUUUGAUGGAGAUUUACUAUUCAAACCUAUUAAAAAGUUUGUUAGAAGUUUGGCCUCAAAAGAUAGAGUUCCAUAUGAGUAAGUUAAUGAAAAACCAAAGGAGGACAAUAGAAGAAACAGAAGAAAUAAACAAAAUGAUCAAGAAGAAGACACGUAAAAACCAGUAGUCAUUACUCCCACUAAAUUAGAUUUAAGUGUUUUGAAUAAGUAGUUGUUAAGGAAUGAUAAACCUGCUCUUGUUCAUGUGUACAAAGAUCAAAUGCAUAAAGCCUGGGAUGACUCUCUCAAGAAAUAUAAAUCCCUAUUUGAUUAUUAUGAAUUACAAGUAGAUACACAACAAGAUGAAGAAUUAGCUAAAGAAUUAUUCAUUAAGAGUUACCCUAGUAUCAGAUUCUAUUAGGUUGGUAAUGCUGGAAAAAAGAAAUCCAAUAAAAUCUCAUUCACUAAAGAAUAUAAAAUAGAAGAAAUCAAUAAGGACAUUCAAGACUUAAUUGAUGAUAAGACUAUUAAUAUCAAUGAAUAAACCCUUCAAAUGUAAUUAAGUUAAUUCAUAGCUGACAACAACAUCGUUGUUAUCUAUUUCUAUUAAACUCCUAUUGUAGGUCUUACCUAUAGAGUUCUUAGUUAAUUGCAAGAAUAUUAUGGAAAAUAUAAGUUUUUGUCUUUCAAAAAUGCUCCAGAAAUGGUAAUUAAAUAAUUUUAAAUUCCUUCUCAACCUGCAAUUACAAUCAUUUUCAGAGAAGUCGCUGAUAAAAAGGAAUUAGAAGAGGAACUUAAACCUGAAUAAGUGAGAUAGGCAUUAUUCACUGGCAAACAUUCUUAUGAGGAAAUAAAGAGUUUCAUCGAUUCAUUUGAUGAGACCAAGAAGACCUCUCAUAAAAAAGUCAUCGAGAUUUCUACUUAAGAAUAGUUAUUAGAACAAUGCAACAAAAAGUAAAAGUUGUGUUAUAUUGCACUUUUGAAUGGAGAACACAAAUAAUAAAAACAUGAUGAGAUAUUGACAAAAUGGGAAUAUCAAUUAGAAGUUCUAGAUAGAAUUAAAAAUGCACACGGAGAUAAGCAAGCUUCUUUUGUUUAUAUUGAUGCUUCAUGUCAUGAUGAAGUAUUAUUAAAAUUUGACAUCUCUGAUGACUCUUUACCUAAUUUUGUAGCAUAUUCGAACGCUAAGAAAAUUUAUUCAAAAUUAAUAGGACGAUUUGAUUAUGAAUCUAUUAAUAAAUUCAUAGAGAGACAGUAUAAAGGUUAGUCAAACAAUAUCUAAAUACAUGAACUUGAAAUCUUAGAAAGAGAUUGUGAGGAAGUAUUUUAAAAGAGGAAAGAAGCAAGUCAAAAAUCUGGACUUUCUGAUUUUGAUGAAGAAAUCUUAAAAGAGAUAUUGGAGGAAGAGAAGUAAAGAAAGAAAGAAUUAGAGAAAGAGUUAAAAAAAGGAAAGAAAAAGAAUAAAAAAUCAAAAGAUGAAUUAUGA